GGCGCCCCUGCCGGUGCCUCUGCGGCACGUGCCCGCCUCCAGGCUGCCGUCCAUCCCGGAGAAGAAGGCCCAGCGGAUGGACGUGAGCGGCGCCCUGCCCGAGCCGCUGCCUGCCUACUGGGAGGCCCGGAUCGACAGCCACGGCAGGAUAUUCUACAUCGACCACGUGACCCGCACCACGACGUGGACGCGACCCGCCGCCAACUCCAGCCGGUCGCCCAGGCCAGCCAGCAACGAGCUGCAGCGCCAGCAGCUGGAUCGGAGGUACCAGAGCAUCCGCCGCACCAUCACGUCCAGGCAGUUGGACGAGGAGGAAGGCGCCGUGGGUGGAGCGGUCGCGGAGCCCGGGCCCGCUGGUCACGUGCCUCAGCACGAUGCCGCCACCAGUAGCAGCAGCAGCAACAGCUGCAGCAGCAGCAGGAGCAACAGCGGCGGCACUGUGCCCAUCACCGCCAUGACCCCCAUGGCACCGCCGACUGCCUCUGCUCCGCCUCCUCCCGCGACGCCCUCGUCCUCUGUGGCCGCCAUGGCUUCCAGCUCCCUCGCGCACCCUGGCCACGGCGCGCACGCCGCGCACGCCGCGCACGCCGGCACCAGCAACGGCAUCAUGCUGCAGAACGGAGCACCACUGGGGCCCUGGGUGGCCAGCACUGCCAGCACCAGCGGGAUGGCCCAGAGUGUUCAUGCCGGAGUCGACAGGGAGUCCCUCAACUUUACGCCUGGAGUCAAAUUCAUUUGUCGGGCUGACUUUUUCACCCUCCUUCAUAUGAAUCAGGAGGCUCUUGCUCUCUACAACAGAAAUGGCUCACUAAAACACAUGAUCUCUAAAAUUAGGAGAGACCCAACGUGGUUUGAACGUUAUCAACAUAAUAAGGACCUUGUUCUACUAGUCAAUUUAUUUGCCGAUACUACUAGAGAUCUGCCCAGAGGCUGGGAGACCAAAUUCGACAGAUAUGGAAAGGCGCCCGCCCCACCGCCGCGCCCUGCCGCGGGCCACGCCGCCGUGGCCAUGGGGCGGCACGCGCAGCCCGCCGUGGUGGACAUCCCCACGGCCUACAACGAGAAGGUGGUGGCCUUCCUGCGCCAGCCCAACAUCAUGGACAUCCUGCGGGAGCGCCACUCGCUCGUGGGCUCCAGCCAGGCGCUGCGCGACAAGGUGAACGCCGUGCGCGUGGAGGGGACCGCCGCCCUGGACCGCAUGAGCGACGACAUCCACCUCACCAUCCUCCUGAGCCUGUUCGAGCAGGAGAUCAUGAGCUACGUGCCCGCCGUGCCGUCCAACGCGCGGUCUCCGCAACUGUCGCCGCAGGCUAGCCCCGGCCUGUCCCGGGCCAACGCCAGGGCGCCCGCGCCCUACCGCAGGGACUUCGAGGCCAAGCUCAGGAACUUCUACCGGAAGCUGGAGUCCAAGGGAUACGGCCAGGGCCCGGGGAAGCUCAAGUUGCACAUUAGACGCGAUCACCUCCUCGAGGAUGCUUUUAGUAAAAUAAUGGCGGCCUCAAAGAAAGAUCUUCAGAAAUGUAAACUUUACAUAACCUUUGAUCGAGAGGAAGGUCUUGAUUAUGGAGGCCCAUCCAGGGAAUUCUUUUUCUUGCUUUCGAGGGAGCUCUUUAAUCCUUACUACGGCCUCUUCGAGUAUUCUGCCAAUGACACAUACACAGUUCAGGUGUCGCCCAUGUCUGCAUUUGUUGACAACCAUCAUGAAUGGUUUAGGUUUAGUGGCCGUGUUUUAGGGCUGGCUUUGGUUCAUCAAUACCUGCUGGAUGCCUUUUUCACACGCCCUUUCUACAAAGCACUUCUCAGAUUACCAGUAUCUCUUAGUGACUUGGAGUCACUUGAUGCAGAGUUCCAUCAAAGCUUACUGUGGAUUAAAGAAAAUGACAUUUCCUCUGAGGUAUUGGACCUCACAUUUGCUGUGACAGAGGAAGUAUUCGGACAAGUGGUGGAAAGAGAGCUUAAACCUGGAGGUCGUAAUGUGACAGUUAGUGAAGCUAAUAAAAAGGACUAUUUGGAGAGAGUUGUGCGGUGGAGGCUGGAACGAGGAGUUUCAGAACAAACAGACUCAUUGGUUAGAGGGUUUUAUGAAGUUGUUGAUCCUCGUCUUGUAUCAGUAUUUGAUGCUCGAGAGCUUGAGCUUGUGAUAGCUGGCACAGCUGAAAUAGAUUUAGCUGACUGGCGGAAAAAUACUGAAUAUAGAUCUGGUUACCAUGAUAGUCAUCAUGUUAUGCAGUGGUUUUGGUCUGCUAUUGAGCGUUUCAGCAAUGAACAAAGACUAAGGCUAUUACAGUUUGUGACUGGGACAUCCAGUAUCCCAUAUGAAGGGUUUGCAGCUCUUCGAGGUUCCACUGGCCCAAGAAAGUUUUGUAUUGAGAAGUGGGGAAAGCCUAAUAGCCUGCCAAGAGCCCAUACAUGCUUCAACCGCUUGGAUUUACCACCUUAUCCUACUCCUGAAAUUCUUUAUGAGAAACUACUCCUUGCUGUUGAGGAAACCAACACAUUUGGCAUUGAAUAAGAAGAGUGAUAUAUGUAGUCAUAGAUAACAGUAUUUACUCAAACAAGGUCCAUGGGUACAUUGAUGCUGUGAAGAGAAAUAGUUAUACCAAAAACUCUCUGGCUGUGUUAAUGAGAACUGUGACUGUCCUGUUCAUGGCUAAGAGUCUUCUUGUUGGCAGGAGACUUUCUAAACUUAUGAAUGACACAAUAUACUGUUCAGGUUCACUCAGUUGAGGUUCUCAGCCGUUUGUGGUAUACUUGUGAUAAGCAAGAGCUUUUGAAUUAUGUAGUUAUAAAUAAUAUUCCAGGUCUUAAAUUUCUGUUUGGAAGGUAAUGAUAUUUUUUCUCUAGGAGUUCUUUAUGAAAAGGUUAAAUCUUCCAAGUCUGUCUGACCUCUUAAUGUUUUGCAACUUCAGUGUUUUGGAACACAGUUAAUUUCUGUACUGCAUUCAUUGUUGAAUGUUAUUCAAAUGGCUUAUAGAGUAGAUACAUUUUAUUUAUUUUCCGUCUAGUCAUUUAAAUUUUGUACAUUGUUAAGAAGUUUAAAAUCAAACUUCAGAGCAUUUGUGAAUGGAUUUUAUGAUAUGUUCUUCCACUUUGCAGUUCUGAAUCUUCUAAGUUCAAGGUGUUUGAUCUAUUCUUCUAUUUACCCACCCCAAAUUAUGUAUUCCUGUACUUUCUUGUUUUCAUUAGUUAUAGAAAGUUUUAAAAUUCUAAACUUGUGUCAUUUGUAUUUAUAAUUGCACGAGUGUACCCUUUUUUCCUGAAUGAAUUGCAAAGUAUGCUUGUAGAGGUGCAAAAUAUCUGUAUUUAUUCCAGUGUGUCAGACCAAAUAUUAUCUGCUCUUGCAUGACUUGCAGAAUAUUGAAGUGUAGUUAUCUAAGUCAUACUCAACCACUACUUUCUUUGUAUGUGUGAGUAGCCAGAUACGCCUUCUCUUUAGAAAUAAGAAAUGACUGCCUGUUUAUGUAGAGAAAUCUAGUUUAAGUUAAUUUAGUCUCAAAUCGAUGAAAUAUGUAGUUAUUUGCAAAUGUAUAAAUUUGUCUUGAAGCGAUGCUUGGAGUUGUGGCCAAUGUUUUGAUGGAGCAUUGAGUGACAUCUAUUCACUCUUUUCUUUUUGGAUGUGUCCUAAAUUGUGUCUAUGGGAUUCAAAAUGAAAUACCUAAUGCCAUUUUGACACACCCUAGGUCUUUUUGCUGUAGCAUCAAAAGUACCGUCCAUGAGAAAAUUGUUUAAACAAAAGAAAUUUUUAGCAAGAAGUCUUACUCACAUAUGUGACAGACUGUAGACCCCCCUUCCCCCUAAAAAUUGUAAUUCCCAUUUUAAAAUAUAACUGAUCCAGAAGGACUUGUGAGUUGUAGGUAGCAAAUUUUUAAAGGUGAAAUUUGUUUUUUACUUACUUCAAGAACUCUAGAAAGAAACUAGAAUUCAUGCUAUUAAACAUGAAUCGGGGAUGUGCCAGUUUUACUUCAGACUAUAUUUUCCUAAAAUUAUUGAAUAGACACAAGGUAUGUCACUUUGGUUGGGGACAAUGAUGCUGAUUUUUAUUUCAGCUAUAGCAAAUUGAUUUGUUUUGUAUAUUUCCAUCAUUAAUAUUGUAGAAACACUUACAUGUGAAUCAUAAAUCAGCUGUUGAUAAUUAUGAUCAAGAUUUCAGAUGUUACUUUUCAGAUGUUGGCUUUUGUCCAAAAUUUUCUUCUUCCAUUUCCAAACACUUGAGUGACUCGCGUGAAUGUCUUGUGUUGUUUUAUAUAAGAACAUAUUUAACAAUGGCAGGUUUUCCUUUUGGUGUGCUUCAAACACAUUUAUCAUUUGUUCAAUACUAAGAUCUGCCAAAGGCAGAACCCAUAAAUUAUAUGCAAAAUAGUACAAUUAGCUAUAAUAUUUAUUUAUUUACUCUAGUUGCCCGUAGAAAUAAGGAGGAGCAAAUCAAAACAAAUGCAAUCUUAAUUUUCAUGAACUGGAACUAAACAAUCAUCUUACAGGGUUUAUGGACAUUUUAAGAUGAGAAUAUGAGAUUGUACCUUCAAAUUUGACCACAGGCACAAAACAAUCAAUUCACUUAUUUCAAUGGUUUUCUUGUAUUGCCUGGGCACUUCCAUUUUUUUUGGUGUGAAUCCUACAAGUGUGUUGAUUUGCUCAUCAAUCUUACAUCCAGGUGGGAUUUUGUUUGAUUAAUGAAAGUUUGUACAUAGAUCAAUGGAUUUUGGCUUAAGAGUGAGUUUGCAGUUGUUCCGCAAAGUCUAUUCCUCCGUUUGCUAACAUAAGUUAUCUUUAUUUUGACUUGCCUCUAAGCUGUUUUAUAAGUGAAUAUGUUUUAUUGUUGAGUAAUUUUAGAUGUGUGAUUUAUGUUUACAGAUGCUAGUCACUAUAUGUCUGAAGGACUUGCACUGUCCGGUAAGACAAACAUUGUCUCUGUCAAUGUCUUUAUGUUUCUUGUUUUUUACUUUUGUUUGUAUUAAACUUAAACAAUACAAGGGAAAACCUGUUUUA